AUGGGCGUCCAUCUUACCCGCGGCGCCCUAGGCCUGAUCCUCUCCUACCACACGCUGCUGAAGCGGAUCGCAGCGGACGCGGAGGAGGAGAACGUUUACGUGGUGGCUGAGGAUGAUGCUGUCCUGGAGCCCGACUUCUCCCAGCGCCUGCAGCAGUGCUUGGAGGCGCUGCAGGGAACGAGGUGGGACUUCCUGCACGUGGGCUAUUACGACGAUGAUUGCUCCAUGGCACCUUUGGAUGGCCACCUGAACCGAUGUCUUUGCCGCCCGAUCCAGGUCUAUGGUCUCUUCGGGGCCGCGCUCACCGUCCGCGGCGCGCGGCUGCUGCUGGAGGCCAAACUCCGAUCCGAGCUCCGAGCCGAGUUUGGGGGCUUCUGGGAGGUGUCCUGA